CCUGACCGAGGACCUGCUCCAGGCCAGCCACUCCGUGUCUUGUUUCAUCAUCUGUGUUUGGUAUUAAAUCAUGGGGAGGAAGCUGGACCUGUCUGGUUUGACCGAUGAUGAAACAGAGCAUGUUCUGCAGGUGGUUCAGAGAGACUUCAAUCUUCGCAAGAAAGAGGAAGAACGACUAAGUGAGAUGAAGCAGAAGCUGGAGGAGGAGGGCAGCAGGUGCAGCAUCCUCUCGAAGCACCAGAAGUUCGUGGAGCACUGCUGUAUGCGCUGCUGCUCACCCUUCACCUUCCUCGUCAACACCAAGCGCCGGUGUGGGGACUGCAAGUUCAACGUCUGCAAGAGCUGCUGCACCUUCCAGAAGCACGAGAAGGUCUGGGUCUGCUGCGUCUGCCAGCAAGCCAGGCUUCUGAGGACGCAGACUCUGGAAUGGUUCUACAAUAAUGUGAAGAGCCGCUUCAAGCGCUUUGGCAGCGCCAAGGUCCUGAAGAACCUGUACAGGAAACACCGGCUGGAGAGUGGAGCAGGCUUCGACAUCCUCGGAGGAAGCUUUCUCGAGUCAAAUCUGGAGAAUGAAGGGAGCAUUUCAGGCAGUGACUCAACCUUUUAUAGGCAGUCAGAAGGACAUAGCAUGAUGGACACCUUGGCUGUUGCCCUGCGGGUGGCUGAAGAGGCCAUUGAGGAGGCGAUCUCCAAAGCAGAAGCCUAUGGGGACAGCCUGGACAAGCAGAAUGAGGCCAGUUACCUGCGGGACCACAAGGAGGAGCUCACUGAGGAACUGGCCACAACGAUCCUGCAGAAGAUCAUAAGAAAACAGAAGAGCAAAAGUGAGCAGCAAACAGAAACAGAGCUGGAGUGGCCACAGCCCCAGGGCCGCAGUGCAAAGGCAGCCGGCGAGGAGACCGCAGCCUCCCCGGGGGGCCACCGAGCUUCUGCCAGCCUCUGGAGGUCCCAGUCUGCAUUCUCCAUCACUGGAGAAGAUGCUCUGAAGACCUCUUCACUGGAGGCCGCAGCGAGGCAGCCGAGGGACGGGGGCCAGCACCCAAGGGAGGAACCCGCUUUGCCCAGUUGGAGGAGCAUGGACAGGCUGGACAAGACAAACCUGGCCCCAGUGUUGCAGAGCCCCGAUGGAAACUGGGUAGCUCUGAAGGAUGGCACUCUGCCCCCUACCCGCCUGCUGGCCAAACCUAAGAGCGGGACCUUUCAAGCCCUGGAGGUGGCCUCCAGUGUGGCUUCUGCCUAUGAUGAGAUGGGUUCCGACAGUGAGGAGGACUUUGACUGGAGUGAGGCCUUGAGCAAGCUGUGUCCGCAGUCCCGGGGCCUGCCCAGGAACCCCCAGCCUCAGCCCACGCAGGCCCAGGGUUCCGACCAAGGCCCCUCAGCGGCCUCCCCCUCCUCCGGGCUCUCUCCCAACCCCGAGGCCAUGUGUUCUGACUCAGAGACCUCUUCAGCGGGUUCCUCCCGGGAAGCUGGGCACCGGGCCAGACUGCCCUGUUUGCAGCGGAAGGCUCCCAGGAACUCCGCAGCUGAGAAAAUGCACCUUCAGGGAGAGCUGGAUGUGAACUUCAACCCCCAGGCGGCCAGCAGGGAGACUUCCGACAGCAGCGAGCCAGAGCAGGCCCCCCACGCCACAGACCGACGGGCCAGGAGGUGGAGAAGGGCCCGAGUGGGCUUAGAGGAGCCAGGGAAGAAACCGUCUGCCCCCAGCACCCAUCCCCAGGAUCUGGACCCACAUCAGAUGUCGGGUGAUUUAUCAGAGACUGACAUCAGCAAUGAGGCUCGACAUCCCCGGACCCCUACAGAAACCACGGAGAAAAAACUGAGAAACAGGUUGUACGAGUUAGCAAGGAAAAUGAGUGAAAAGGAGACUUCUUCGGGGGAGGAUCAGGAGUCUGAACCCAAGACAGAAUCUGAGAACCAGAAGGAGAGCCUGUCCUCCGAAGAGAAUAGCCAGAGUGUCCAGGAAGAGCUGAAGAAGAAGUAUUCUGCUGUUUCUCUCUGCAACAUCUCCACAGAAGUCCUGAAAGUCAUCAAUGCCACAGAGGAGUUGAUAGCAGAGUCUACAGGGCCCUGGGAGUUUCCGCCAGUCCCUUCUGACGGAGAGAAGGGGACAUUUCCUCUUGGGACAGACCAAGUGAGACUGGAUGAGCAGCUGACUUCCCUGGAAGAAAACGUGUACCUGACAGCAGGCACUGUGUACGGACUGGAGGGCCAGCUCAAUGAGCUGGAAGAUGCCGCCCGCUGCAUCCAUAGUGGCACUGAUGAGACCGAACUGGCGGAUCUGGAGGACCAGGUAGCCACAGCUGCAGCCCAGGUCCAUCAUGCUGAGCUCCAGAUUUCUGACAUCGAGAGCCGGAUUUCAGCCCUGACCAUUGCAGGAUUAAACAUAGCGCCCUGUGGGCGCCUUGCAAGAAAACGGGAUCAGAAGCAAAGAAAUCAGGUACAAACCAUAGACACAUCAAGGCAGCAGAGGAGAAAACUGCCUGCCCCACCAGUGAAAGCUGAAAAAAUGGAGGCAUCUUCAGUGACCACCAUUAAAACAUUUAAUCACAACUUCAUUCUCCAAGGCUCCUCAACAAACAGAACUAAAGAAAGGAAAAGCACCAAGGAGUUGAUGGAGCCCACUCUGGAGUCUGCUGUGAUGUAUUAACGCCAUGGAACUCCACUGCCAGUGACCCACUGCCUCCAGCCGUACACGACAGUGCCUUGACCCAACAGCCAUCAAGUACUGUACGGAUUUCCACCUGAGGAGAGGGCUGGGGAGGCUACAGUGCACCAUUGCACAGGGCUGUCCUGAUACCUCACCCAGAAGCAGUCUCAGACUUCAGCGUUGCAAUCUUGCCCACUCUCUACUCAGGCUCCCAGGGGAAUCCAAGACAGAAAAUCAAGACGCUGGCUUCCAACAGCAGAGCACCAUGUUCAAAAGAUGCAUCUUUUCCCUGUUCACUUUGCUAUUGUGUGUUGUCUUUAAAAAAAUUUUUUUUUGAUCCCUUUGAUGAAACUAGA